AUAAUCAAUCACCGUCACCACUGUCACUAAUGCUAACUGUACACUGUAUAUGUCUCACAUAUUCAAUAACUCCAAGUAAUACUAUCUACGCGUAGUCGCACGACUCUCAAACGUGCUUGGGUGUCCAUCAUAAGAUAUAGGUUAGGCAGACGAUCCGGUUCAGGUUGCAGACGGUGUCAAGUGACGAUGAACUCGGUACAGACAAGGUAGAAGGUAAAGUAGGCAAAAUUGAUAUCUAAGCAGACCAAAUUCAAUGUAAUUUAGAUAAACAGUUUGGUGACUAGGUGGGCAGAUAGGUAGAGGUAGGUGACCAACUAGGCUGGUAGGCUGGCAGUCAGGCCAAACAGGCAUAGUUAAGAGCGGUAGACAUAUGCGCGCGCAGGUGGCGCGAUGUCGGUGCGUCAGAAUCAGUGACUCCUGCUUGCCCGGGAGAGAGAAAACGUUGAGAGACAGACGUGUACGGGGCGGGCCUAUGCCACCAACCACCAUUCCCUUUUUGCUCGUUCUCGUGAAGCCUCGCAGAAGCCUUACCUCGCCCAAGGCAGGCUCGCACACCGCGUGACAGUGCCGCAGCCCUUCGGAGAGUUUUAUGUCAGCCGCGUGAAAUAUAGUGGUGGUCUGUCGCAUUUUCUAUAAAGCAAGAGACGGAUUAGGUGACACGCGCGUGUUGUUUUCCUUGCAUCAGGCCGACCUGGGCCUAGAGCAAGCGGACCCUUUUAUAAGGGAUUCUGUAACGUGUGAACGAACACGGUGGUGCGGGAAAACAGCAGUCGAGGGUGGCAUGGGGCGAAGCUAUACGUGUCGGCUGCUCGUAGCCUUCUCGCCACUUGUCGUGAUAUUGGGCGCCCUCGUCGCGACGUCGAACAGCUUCGUUGAUGCUUUCUCCACAGACAGUAAAAAAGCAUGUCCCUUGAGACAGUUCGCUUGUGAUAAUGGCCACUGCAUACCAUUCUCGUGGCAGUGCGACGGAGAAAACGAUUGCACAGACAAUUCCGACGAGACUUUCGAGCAAUGCAAAACCACGACAAAGUGCACGGAUUCGGAGUUCACGUGCGGCAACGGAAAGUGCAUCCCGGUGCGUUGGCACUGCGACAACGAGAUAGACUGUCCGGACGGAUCUGACGAAAAUCCAGAAGUGUGCAGUUUACGGCCGUGCACAGAAACCGAGUUCCAGUGCAGUCCAGGCACGUGUUUACCCAUCUCCUGGAAAUGCGACGGACAGCCCGACUGUCCCGACAGUUUAGAUGAGACAAACUGCGAAAGUGUCAAGAAUUGCACGGCGGAUCAGUUCACGUGUCACUCGGGAAACGGAGAAUGCGUGUCGUUGAGCUGGAUGUGCGACGGGAACCCGGACUGUUCGAACGGUUCCGACGAAGCUGACUGCAACGAAACUUGUCGCCAAGACGAGUUCACCUGUGGCAACAAGAACUGCAUUCAAAAGCGAUGGGUUUGCGACGGCGACGAUGAUUGUGGCGACGGAACUGACGAAACGAACUGCAGUGCCACCACGUGUCGACCUGGUCUGGAAUUUGCCUGUUCCCAAAGCUCCUGCAUCUCGAGUCGAUGGCGUUGCGACGGCGACUUUGACUGUCCAGAUCAUUCCGACGAGAUCGGUUGCAAGAGCUAUCCAACUGGUGAAACUCCGAGUCAUUGCGGUGACCGGGAGUUCGUCUGCGGUGACCGUAUAACAUGUAUACACCACAGCUGGCUAUGCGACGGCGAUAAGGAUUGUUCCGACGGCUCCGACGAGUCGCCGGAACGCUGUCACAAUGUUACUUGCAGAGCGGACCAGUUUCAAUGUGGCGACUCGAGCUGCAUAUUAGGUCAUCUCUAUUGCAAUGGGAAAAAUGAUUGUCGAGACGGCAGCGACGAGCAAAAUUGCACGACAAAAAGUGUGACCUGUGACCCCACGACACAGUUCGAGUGUAGCGUUGGCUCCUGCAUACCACUCAGCAGCGUCUGCAACAAGGAACCGGAUUGUCUUGGCUGGGAGGAUGAAAAUCAUGAACUUUGCGGGGUCAACGAGUGUCUGCACAACAAUGGCGGAUGCUCGCAAAUCUGCGUUGAUUUACCCAUAGGAUUCAGAUGUGACUGCAGACCGGGAUUUAGGUUGAUUGAUAAUCGCACCUGCGACGACAUUGACGAGUGCAUGGAGCCCGGCAGUUGCUCGCAGUAUUGUUUCAAUGAAAAGGGUGGCUUUAAGUGCAGUUGCGCCAAUGGUUAUCAAAGAGAUCAACGCAAUGUUACACGAUGCAAGGCUGCCGAAGGUCAUGCUAGCUUACUGUUUGCGCGUCGUCGUGACAUAAGGAAAGUCGCCCUGGAUCGUCAGGAAAUGACGGCCAUUGUGAACAAUACCAAAACCGCGACAGCACUGGACUUUGUCUUUCGUACUGGUAUGAUCUUCUGGAGUGACGUCAGCGAGAAGAAGAUCUACAAAGCUCCUAUAGACGAAGGCAACGAGCGUACCGUCGUUAUUGAUAAGGAUCUUACGACUGCCGACGGUCUUGCCGUCGAUUGGAUAUACAAUCAUAUUUACUGGACCGAUACAGAGAAGAAUACUAUUGAGCUUGCGAACUUCGAGGGCAAUAUGCGGAAGACUCUUAUAAGAGAUCGCAUUCAGGAACCCAGGGCCAUUGCUUUGAAUCCUCUUGAGGGAUGGAUGUUCUGGACCGAUUGGGGAAAUGAUGCUCGUAUUGAAAGAGCCGGCAUGGAUGGUACACAUCGUUCGGUAAUCGUGGGAACCGAAGUGAAAUGGCCAAAUGGCUUAACAUUGGAUCUGAUAGGAAAGAAAGUAUAUUGGGUCGACGGAAAGUUAAAUAUCAUUGCGUCUUGUAAUUAUGACGGUUCAGGGCGACGUACUAUACUUUACUCCAUGGAUACAUUGAGGCAUCCAUUCAGCAUCACGACUUUUGAAGAUUACGUUUACUGGACCGAUUGGGACAAGGAGACCAUUUUCAAAGCCAAUAAGUUCACUGGAAAGGAAGUCGAGGCUGUUACUUCCUUGAACGCUGUUCAGCAUCCAAUGGUGGUCCAUGUUUAUCAUCCUUAUAGACAGCCUGAUGGAAAGAAUCAUUGCUUGGCUGUAAAUGGCCAUUGCAGUCAUUUGUGUUUACCGGCGCCUAAGAUAAAUUUGAAGUCACCGCGUCUCAGCUGCGCGUGUCCGGAUGGCUUGAGGCUACUUUCGGAUGGGCUAAUGUGCGUCGAGAACGUGACGACAACAGCUGCGCCGACGACGCAGGAAGUCACCGAGCCGUUCAAGAGGCUUCUUGAUCCUCUAAACGUUUCCGAAGCGACAAGUCCAACCAAUGCGACAGAUGAAAAUGUAAAGAACGUCCUUGAUGAAGCUGCGGAUCCAGGAUUAGUCGCAGUCAUUGUCAUCGGCGUCGUCACCGUCGGUGUUAUCUUAUUGGGAUUCGUGGCAGUGUUAUGCUACAGGCAUUAUCUGCACCGUAACGUGACGAGCAUGAACUUCGACAAUCCUGUCUACAGGAAGACCACAGAGGACCAAUUCAGUUUGGAGAAGAACAGGUUUCCGUUACCCGCCGCAACCGUUGGGGAGGAGGCCCAGGAACCACUGACGAGUCCUGGUACCAAUGAUUACGUUUAAGACUCCAAUAAUUGGUUUCUGACGGGGCUCAGCAGGCUGAGAACGCUUGAUAAGAAUAUCGGACGAGAAUCAAAAUGACAUCAAAAUGAAGAAAAAUAAAAAAAAAGAUUACUCGUGAUUAGGCUCGAAUUGUUCAUCACGAGACGCCUGCCCGAAUGCCCAACCCGCCCGCCCGCCUGCCUGCCAACUCAGCUGUGAUUAUGUUUAUUUUUUGUACUGUGUUUUUCUUUGUUUAUAUACAUACAUAUAUUGAACAUAUGUGUAUAUAUAUCACACAACGCCUGUGUUUAUAUAUAUACAUAUAUGUAUAUAUGAGAAAAGUGAAGGAACAAAAAUUUAUUAUAAUACUUACGCGCCACUUGUAAUUUCGUACUCUGUGCUACCAGUUCGCACAAUGAUUCACCUUCUCUCUCUCUCGCUCUUUCGGGCAUAAAAGGAGAAACCUCUUGUGGAGACGUUGCGCUUGUAUCAUUAUUUUCUUCUAUUUCUUUUAAUUCUCCCUCAUCUCUGUCGUUUGUAUCGAAAUUCAUUUUUUUUCCUCUAUCUUGUUAAGUCGUCACAACGUCGGACCAGUAGACGGGGAUGAUAAUAAAUAUUAUUAUCACUAUUAUCGUUAUCAUUAUCAUUAUAAUAAUUAUCAUACUUACUUUAUUUACUCACGUUUAACGUAACUGAAAGGAUGCUAAACAUUUUCAAUUAUAAAGUAAACGCGCUCCACGGUGCCAAUUGUACAUAGAUUCAUGUUAGUAAUUCCAAGAGUUAAUCUUAUAAGAUAAUCGAUAAAGGUCGGAUACACGCGAACGGAAUGUCGGUGUAAGUUACUUUGUGCUUCGCGUGCAUAUACUUUGGAAAUUCGUUCGCCGCAGCAGUAUUUGAAGAGCAAUGUUUGCCAAAGGUGUAAUCGCGUGCGAGUAUCACAAUAUUAAUAUAGGAAAGAGAACCACCCUCCUCUUGUACCAGGAAAAAGGGAGCGAGGAGCGGCAGAGGUCCUUUUAACAAAUACAAAAUUGAAGGAACACACGCAUUCUACGCGCAAAUGAUUUAUAGGAUAAUUGUAAUUUAAAAAGAGGAAUUAAAAAUUAGAUUUCUCCUUUUAUGUUUGUCAUAUACGACAAAGUGAGAGGCGGGUGCGUGGCACGUCCUCGAUUAUCCUUGGAGGCUGCCUACUGCAUUACUUUCGAGUUAGGAGACGGCGAACGUCCCAAGAAGUCAUUCUACUUAAUGGAAAAAAUGCAGUUUUAGUUGAUUGUCAUAAACUAAUUAAAUACAAUAGGAUACAAGAGAAGCAACUAGAUGUUAAAUAAGAGCAGCUCAAUGACACUAAGUGUGACUGUGCGUCGUCUGUGAAGGGUUACAAUUGACACGUGUCCGAUAAGGAUUAUUUUCGAAUUACUUAUUGUAAAGAGAAAUUAAGGAUAGCAAGGGCGUGAUGAAGAGAAACAUAAAGAAAAAGGAAUGCCGUCGGUGUACGAGUAUGUGUAUAGAAGAAAAAAAUGUAAUGUCUUGAAUUUAAGAGUUUUAAUUAUCAUUAAUAUUAUUCUAUUACGAUUAGGCGAUUGAGCUAUUCUUUGUAAGACUUCUUGUGUUAGUUAUUGUCAAGUUGUAGUUUGUCUAAGAUAAUAGAUACAUUUAAUGCGAAUAGGCUUACAGCCAAUAUACAGGUAGCGAAGCAUACGAUUCCGCGCAUGUCGUGCGUAAAUUUGAGUUGCUUUUUUUAAAAUCGGUGUCAUCUCUCUUUCAACCUUUUCUUUUUUUUAAUAUUUGUUACUUCGCGUCACGCGCAUCCAUCCUAAUGGAUUCCCUUUAACGAGCUCGUGUGUAUUUUUCUGAAUAAGAUCUUCACGUGUUGCGCAGAUACUCUUCACUACCUGUAAAUAUAUGAAUAUUUGUAUGUGACAGAUCUGAGAGCGCACCACUUAUAAUAGAAGCAUAUUGGAAUGCGUACAGCGGUAGUGGGUGGAGUUCGCGUAGAAAGAGAUAGCGUGGAAAUAGGCCUGUGCAAUAUGAUGUCUUAUCACACUCUGUACGAUCUGUCAAAAAGUUAAAGCUGAGAAAGAGUACUGCUCAAGGGUAUGACAAAUGUGACUGAUGAUCGGCGACAAAAGAUUUUUGCAACAUGUUACACGGAGUUAGUGAAACAGUUGCGCACUCGAGGCUACUUACUGGCUACUGUCUACGGAUUCCAGUGUAUAUGUAGUAGGGCAUACGAGUUGCGGGAAGUUCAAGAGGGAGGGUUACACGUUUAACGAACUUGAAAAUAAGAACCGCGAUGAGGCUUGGUGUUAAUUUUAAUUCGAUUGUCGGGUGAUGUAAGUGCGCGAAUGGAUAGUUGCAAUUUAUCGUGCGAGUCAUUAAGGCAUUAAUUACCUUAUCCUAGCCAAUGUACCCGCCAAAAUCGUGUCAAACAAUGUUUCUAUAAGAUAUCAUUUCAAUACGUAUAUACAGAUAUAUAUAAAUAAAUGAGUAUAUAUUAUAACGAUUAUUGUAUAAAUAAAUAUAUAAAGUAAAGAAA